AUGGGUAUUUGUAGCUCGCGGGCUAGCGUGAUGCCAGUAUAUAGAUGGCAGUCACAGACUCGGGAAAUAGAUCCGUCAAUUUCUCUUUGUUCUUCAAAAGUAUUCCAUCCGAACCAUUUCCACGCAACUUGUCAUUAUUGCAUUAGUAGGAAUGGAUUUAAAUGCGUGGCAAUGCGGGCUUUUCGGAAAGGCUGCGAAUCACUUUUGACAAAACGAAACUGAUCUAACAGCGUAAAUGAAAGAAGAAGCAGGAAAUAAGAUCGUAUAGUUCACCGAGUGCGGAGUGCAAGAAUCGUCUUGUUUCUACUGGAACUGAAAUGUCUCUUCAAAUUUGUCACUGUGGGUGGUCCAGCGUGACAACUUAUCACGGGCUGAGAACUCAUCAGGGCAUAAAUGGAUGCACACCAAGGGGACAAACAAUCCCACAACACGAAUAUCCAAGCCACUGCUUCACCUCUUCAAGCUGGAACUCUCUGAGGAAUGGGUUGCACACGGGGGUGGCUUAUGAUGAUAAGCCUCGUAUGACUCCAUCAGUGUCCCAAAUCUCUCUGUCUUCAGCUGCUUCUAUCAGCAAAAAGGAUGGGGAUCGCAAGAAGAGCAGUAGCGAAAAACACACAGUACUGCCAAGUGGUGACAAUAAGGGCACAGAACAAACACAGGACAGAAAAAGCACACGAUCAUCUUUCAGGAAUGUGUCAGCACCUUUGAUCAAGACCGAGAAGCCGUCGCCAAAUUGUUCCACUAACCUCACAGAUGAAAUGUCCCAUAAGUCUCUUCAAAUUUGUCACUGUGGGUGGUCCAGUGUGACAACUUAUCAUGGGCUGAGAACUCAUCAGGGCAUAAAUUAAUGCACACCAAGGGGACAAAGAAUCCCGCAAGACCAAGAUUCAAAAUGUACCUCUUCAAGCUCAAACUCUCUGAGGCAUGGGUCGAGCGAAAAGGAUGGGGAUCGCAUGAAGAGCAGGAGCGAAAAACACACAGUACUGCCAAGUGGUGACAAUAAGGGCACAGAACAAACACAGGACAGAAAAAGCACACGAUCAUCUUUCAGGAAUGUGUCAGCACCUUUGAUCAAGACCGAGAAGCCGUCGCCAAAUUGUUCCACUAACCUCACAGAUGCAAUGUCCCAUAAGUCUCUUCAAAUUUGUCACUGUGGGUGGUCCAGCGUGACAACUUAUCACGGGCUGAGAACUCAUCAGGGCAUAAAUGAAUGCACACCAAGGGGACAAAGAAUCCCGCAAGACCAAGAUUCAAAAUGUACCUCUUCAAGCCCAAACUCUCUGAGGCAUGGGUCGAGCGAAAAGGAUGGGGAUCGCAAGAAGAGAAGUAGCGAAAAACACACAGUACUGCCAAGUGGUGACAAUAAGGGCACAGAACAAACACAGGACAGAAAAAGCACACGAUCAUCUUUCAGGAAAGUGUCAGCACCUUUGAUCAAGACCGAGAAGCCGUCGGCAAAUUGUUCCACUAACCUCACAGAUGAAAUGUCCCAUAAGACUCUUCAACGUUGUCACUGUGGGUGGUCCAGCGUGACAACUUAUCACGGGCUGAGAACUCAUCAGGGCAUAAAUGGAUGCACACCAAGGGGACAAAGAAUCCCGCAAGACCAAGAUUCAAAAUGUACCUCUUCAAGUUCGCUGCUGGAUCCUUCCACUAACCUCAUAGAGACUAGUUUGGGACAGAUGAGAUCUGAGCUGAAACACUUGAUAAAGAAGCGAGUCAAAAAACUGGAUGAAGUCGAACAGUCCAUCGAGGUCAUCAAGGCCAGCGCUAAGAAAGAGUUGGAGGAGAGCUGGCAGGUCUACGCCGAGCUGCAGCGCCUGGUGGAGCAGAGUCAGGCUGAACGGGUGGAGCUGAUCGCCACCAGAGAGCGGGAGGCGGAGAAACACGCGCAGGAGAUGGCGAGAGGUUUGGAGAACGAGUUGAGUCAACUCAGACGAUGGAGCAGCAAGCUGGAGGCCUACGCUCGCACGAAUGACCCAGCCCUGCUGAACCUCAUUGCUUUACCUCCCCUGCCCGAGCUCACCGACUGGUCAAAGGUCAGCAUCAACACUGACCUCUACCUGAGCACCAUCCGCUCCUCUGUGAGCAAACUAGUGGAAAAGUUUCAGGAGGAGCUGAAAAAACUUUAUUCAAAAGAGAUGGAACUCCGUCAUGCAGCCAGUGAGGAGAGGCAGGAUCCAGCGAGAGGCAGGAGCAGCUGCAAGACAGACCGACCCAGAUGAUAAAACCUUAUUUCGACUGCACGUUUCAGAAUGAAGAAUAGAGGAAAGACUUGUACUGAAUUGGUGACAACAAACCGCUAUCUUUUAGUUAUGAAAAAUAAAUCUGUAAGAUGCAGCCGUCAUCGGGGUCUGUCUCCUUCACGUCUGGUUGUAAUGCCCUAUUUCAGUUCCGUGUUCCACCCCCAUGGCGUGUCAUGAGCUAUCAGUUUAGUACAUUUCAUCAUGUGAGAGUACAUCACCAUCGUUUACAGCGCUGUAGAAUAAUAAAAACAAAGGUGCAGCUUUUUUUUCCGCUCUAGCUUUAUUGAAUCAUGACUGUCAUGUGGUUCAAUGAGGAGCAGACCAACAGCGAUCAAAGCGUGAGCAUCAAAAUGUCCGUUCAGACAUUUAUUUUGAGUUGAGUCAGAGUCAGAACAUGCUGAGUUACCUAAUCUAACUUCAGUUCUAUGAAUAUGUGUGAUGCCCUCUAACGGGCUUCGCUAUUGGUUACCUUCACUCCAAGGCCCGGCCUCACACCUUAGAGCAAUAGAUUGGCUCUCCCCCCAGGAAGGCUCCACCUCUCCCCAUAAGACCCCCUGCUGGCCUUUAUGUGUCUUCCUUUUGAACGCAGCCGUUGAACAGAGCCUUGCUGGGUGACUAGUUAGAGGGCAUCGCGCGUAUUCAUAGAAAUGAAGUUACAUUAGGUAACUCAGGCCACACUUCUGAGGAACUUCAUGGCUCAGUCGGCGAAGGGCCUGCCAAGCCAUAAAGCACCGACCGAGCCACAGACACCGUCAAUAUGUCCCUGUGGUACACCCUGACAAAGGGGGUUUGAUCGCAUGAUCCCCACGAAGCAAGGUAGCCGGCGGGGCCUCGGACCAGAGGUAACCAAAAGCGAAGCCCUUUAGAAGGCAGCGCACGUAUGACAUAGUUCAUCUGUUUCACUGCAAAUGUAUAUACACUACACUUAUAUACAAACAACAAGCAUGUGCACAUUUGUUUCCCCCCAGAAUAUGACUUGGCCACCAGGAUCAGACGAAAAGCCUUUGGUGGCUCUCAGUUACUGCCAAGCUGUAAAUGCAUUUCCUACAUUGACACUUGUCCUGGAUCAUGCUUUGACGGUUUCACGCGUUCCCUUCUUGGACUCCUCACUUCGAACUCUUGCUUCUUCUAUGAUGUAAAGGCACUCUACUCACUGCCCAGGUCGCUCUGCCCUUCUCCCUUAAAGUGUCAUGGGAGCAUUUCACAGAGGGCUGGAGUGUCAGACUCCGGGAUUUUGGACUGUUCAAAAUGAAUGUAUUUAUGUCUAAAUUGUUACUUGAAGCAGCCCGGCAUCAGAUCUGAAAAUGACUCAUUGAUGCGCAGCUAUCCUUUCUUUGCCUCUUCACUUGGGACAUGUCCUCACACCGGUUCUCCUUUGU